AUGAAUCCUGAAAAAUUUACUCACAAGACAAAUGAGGCUAUUGCUGAGGCACAUGAACUGGCUGUAUCAGCAGGGCAUGCUCAGUUGACACCUCUGCAUAUGGCUUUGGCUUUAUUAUCUGAUCACAGUGGCAUAUUCUGGCAAGCAAUUGUCAAUGCUGCUGGUAGUGAAGAGACGGCCAAUGGUGUUGAAAGAGUGUUCAAUCAAGCUAAGAAGAAAAUUCCUUCUCAGUCACCAGCACCUGAUCAAGUUCCAGCAAGUACUUCGCUUAUUAAGGUGCUACGACGAGCACAGUCGUUGCAGAAGUCUCGUGGUGACAGUCAUUUGGCGGUUGAUCUGUUGAUUUUAGGCCUUUUGGAAGAUUCCCAAAUUGCAGAUCUUUUGAAAGACUCUGGUCUUAGUGCAGCAAGAGUGAAAUCAGAAGUUGAGAAACUUAGAGGAAAAGAUGGAAAGAAAGUGGAAAGUGCUACAGGGGAUACUACAUUCCAAGCACUUAAGACCUAUGGUCGUGAUCUUGUGGAACAGGCAGGAAAACUUGAUCCUGUGAUUGGUAGGGAUGAAGAAAUUCGAAGAGUAAUUCGGAUUCUAUCGAGGAGGACAAAGAACAAUCCGGUGCUUAUUGGUGAGCCUGGUGUUGGUAAAACAGCUGUAGUUGAAGGGCUAGCACAAAGGAUUGUUCGAGGGGACGUUCCAAGCAAUUUGGCUGAUGUUAGGCUUAUAGCAUUGGAUAUGGGAGCACUCAUUGCUGGAGCAAAGUACAGAGGUGAAUUUGAAGAGAGGUUGAAGGCUGUUCUGAAGGAAGUGGAAGAUGCAGAAGGGAAAGUAAUUCUCUUCAUUGAUGAGAUCCACUUGGUUUUAGGUGCUGGUAGGACUGAAGGAUCAAUGGAUGCUGCCAAUUUGUUCAAACCGAUGCUUGCUAGGGGCCAAUUAAGGUGCAUUGGUGCAACAACCCUGGAAGAGUACAGGAAGUAUGUGGAGAAAGAUGCUGCAUUCGAAAGGCGUUUCCAGCAGGUAUAUGUCGCUGAGCCUAGCGUUCCCGACACCAUAAGUAUCCUUCGAGGGUUGAAGGAGAAGUAUGAAGGCCAUCAUGGUGUCAAGAUUCAGGAUAGGGCUCUUGUUAUUGCAGCGCAGCUUUCAGCUCGAUACAUUACAGGUCGACAUUUGCCUGAUAAGGCUAUUGACUUAGUUGAUGAGGCUUGUGCAAAUGUGAGGGUGCAACUUGAUAGCCAGCCAGAAGAAAUUGAUAAUCUUGAAAGGAAGAGGAUUCAGCUAGAAGUUGAACAUCAUGCUCUUGAAAAGGAAAAAGACAAGGCUAGCAAGGCUCGACUUGUUGAAGUUAGGAAAGAGCUCGAUGAUUUGAGGGACAAACUCCAGCCUCUGAUGAUGAGGUAUAAGAAAGAAAAGGAACGGGUUGAUGAGCUUCGAAGGCUUAAGCAAAAGCGCGAUGAACUUACAUAUGCUUUACAAGAAGCUGAAAGGAGAUAUGAUCUUGCUAGAGCAGCAGAUCUCAGAUACGGUGCCAUCCAAGAAGUAGAAACUGCAAUAGCAAAUCUUGAGAGUAGCACAGAUGAGAGUACAAUGUUGACAGAGACUGUCGGACCCGAUCAGAUUGCGGAAGUAGUUAGUCGCUGGACUGGUAUUCCUGUCUCUAGGCUUGGCCAGAAUGAGAAGGAGAAAUUGAUUGGUCUUGCUGAUAGAUUGCACCUAAGAGUUGUCGGGCAAGAUCAAGCUGUUAAAGCUGUUGCUGAGGCUGUGUUGAGGUCUAGAGCUGGAUUAGGAAGGCCACAGCAACCAACUGGUUCAUUCCUUUUCUUGGGGCCAACUGGUGUUGGAAAGACUGAACUUGCUAAAGCUCUUGCUGAGCAGCUAUUUGAUGAUGACAAAUUGAUGGUCAGAAUUGACAUGUCCGAAUACAUGGAACAACAUUCUGUUGCCCGGUUGAUUGGUGCUCCACCAGGUUAUGUUGGACAUGAGGAAGGAGGGCAACUUACGGAAGCUGUAAGGAGGCGCCCUUACAGUGUUGUGCUAUUUGACGAAGUGGAAAAAGCUCAUCCUGCUGUGUUUAAUGCCUUGCUUCAAGUGUUGGAUGAUGGAAGAUUAACUGAUGGUCAAGGUCGUACUGUUGAUUUCACCAACACUGUGAUCAUUAUGACCUCAAAUUUGGGUGCAGAGUAUCUCUUGUCAGGAUUAAGUGGCAAGUGUACCAUGGAGAAGGCCCGUGAAAUGGUCAUGCAGGAGGUGAGGAAGCAAUUUAAGCCCGAGUUACUCAACAGGCUCGAUGAGAUUGUGGUGUUCGAUCCUUUAUCACACGAUCAGUUGAGGCAAGUCUGCCGUCACCAACUGAAAGAUGUGGCAAGCCGUUUAGCUGAGAGGGGUAUUGCUUUGGGUGUCACAGAGGCCGCAUUAGAUGUCAUACUUGCUCAGAGCUAUGAUCCGGUGUAUGGUGCAAGGCCUAUUAGGAGGUGGUUGGAGAAGAAAGUUGUAACGGAGUUAUCAAAGAUGCUUGUGAAGGAGGAGAUUGAUGAGAAUUCGACCGUGUACAUAGAUGCCGGACGUGGCGGGAAAGAUCUAACAUAUAGGGUGGAGAAUAAUGGAGGGCUUGUGAAUGCUGCUACUGGACAAAAAUCUGAUGUACUGAUUCAGCUACCUAAUGGGCCAAGGAAUGAUGCUGCUCAAGCAGUGAAGAAAAUGAGGAUUGAAGAAAUAGAUGACGAAGAUGAUGAAAUGUCAGAUUAAAGAGAGGUUGAAAAUAACACUAUGAAAGUUGAAGAUAUAUGAAUUAUUACUUUUUGUUUAAAAUACCCUGUAUAGGGUUGGUCCAAUUUUACAUCAUUAAGAAGUGAACGUAUGUUCACAAGUUCUGUUGAUUUUGUUGUGUUGUUUCUUUAUGUAACUUGAAAAUGUCGAAAUAGAAAAUUGUAUUUCUCUGAUUUUCUGAAAAAUAAUCUUUUCUCCA